AUGGAGAACAUGAAGAUGAACAAAGAUGAAAGAUUUGCACAAAAGGGUGUUCCAAUUCAUAGCCAGGUAAGGAAGAUCAAGCAAGAGUCAGAGGAAAUUGUUGAGUUGUCCCCUGGCAAGCCAGAGAUCAGACAUGUUCUUCGCGAAAUCAGCCGCCAGAUUUCCCGGUCGCCGUUGGGAAUUUCCGGCCAACCCAUUUCAGUUGGUGAGUCAUAG